AUGAGUAAUAUGUACAAAGUGUGCUUCGUUGCUGUGGUGUUUGCGAUAGUUUUGUCAGCAGUGUACAGCCAUGCUACACCAUCGGAACAGUGCCCGGGCGAAUCGUUCGACAAUUUGCAGGAGAGGAUCCAGGUGACACCGUGCGGCAAAACUCGCUGCAAGCUCCCGAAGAACAGCAACAUCACUGUUGUAUUCAAAUUCACUCCAAUAAAAGUGGUUAAGUCAAUUACGAACGAAGUGCACGCGAACGUUGCCGGUGUACCUCUACCGUUCAUUGGUGUCGACGGGACGGAUGCUUGCGGCAAUGUGAAGCGCGCCGACACGCAGGAGGCGGUGGCGUGCCCGCUACCGGCCGGCCAAGACUACAUCUACACAAACGUGUUUCCAGUACAGCCCUUCUAUCCCGCAAUCAACCUAAGAGUCCACUGGAAUCUCAGAGACGGUAAAAAAAGCUUAAUAUGCUUCGAAGUACCAGCAAUUAUUACAGCUGGUAAGAAAAAUUAA